UAAGUCUUGUAUCUUUAGUUCAAUUAUAUUAAAAAGGGGGAUAUUCGUUUGAUAAGAGACACGAGAAGCAUCAUUUUUUUUCCUAUCAAGCCAGACACGUAAGUUGACGCUAGCCGGCAACCGAGGAGCGCCACUUUCGUCCUAAGUUGCCAAGUGUUGGCAACUUAGUUUGCGGUGACGCAGUGUGUGCUGAAGACUGAACAAGGAAAAAACACCAUUCGCAUCCUCAAUCAUCGAGGGAAAAAAACCUCCGCCCCCCCCAAAAAAAACUGCGAAAAAAUAUUUCUUCUCUUGCAACUCUGAAUGACAGAUCUUGCUAUUAUACCCUCCUCCUCCAUCUCCUCCUUCUCCUCCUACUCCUACUCCUCCUCCUUCUCCUCCACCUCCCUCCUACAACGACAUCAAGGGCGCCUGCGCUAAGGGAAAAGUUGUUUUAUCAACCACCCCUUCCCUCUCCUCUCCCCCCCCGUCCCACAACCCUAACCGAUGAUUUACGAUAAAUGGUCAAGAAAUCCUUGAGGAAGGAGGAGAAGAAGAAGAAGAAGAAGAAGAGGUGGAGGAGGAGCAACUCCUCGAGGUCGGCCUGUCACCGGGAUUUUGUGAAGUAAUUGUGACACCUACAUAUUCGUCUCUCCGGCGUUUAAUAGCGUCUCUGGCUUUCUCGAGGUAAACAACUGAUCAACCUGUCUCAAGAGAAGAUGAAGAUGACCCACCUAGGAGAUCACAGCUCUCCCUCUGUACCCUUACGGCCGCCAUCUUGCCACUCCAGCCCCUUCAGCCUCUACGCGACGUGGCACUCCCCUUGGGGUCUGUCUCGUCACGGAGUCAGUCUGUCGACUUCGAGAAGUCAGUGGUCUGCCAAGCACCGCCAGCUGUUUUUCUGCUUGAUUUUGGUGCUUCUGAAGACGACAGGAGUGCUGGGUAUGAGGGUGAAACAGGUCAUCGUGCCCCAACCGGCGAUCGUGGGUCAAAGUGCCAAGCUACAGUGUCUCUGGGAGUCGACGGACAAGCAGGUUUACUCCAUAAGAUGGUAUAUCAACAAUAAGCAGUUUUACAGCUACAUAAUUGGUAGCGCCCCAGAGAAGAUUAAGCACAAGAUAGAAGGGGUCGAUGUGGACCUCCUGGAAUCAAACGAGACCUCUGUGACCCUGAGGGAUGUGACGCCACUUUACGAAGGGGAGUACCGAUGUGAGCUGAUGAGUGAAGGGCCGAGCUUCGAAUCGUCAUUUCUUUCUACGAAUCUCACAGUCGUGAAUCCACCAAACACCCCAGAGAUUUCGGGAUUUCGUCCAAACUACCGGAUUCCGGAUACUUUGAAAGUCAACUGUACCACACACAAUUCCAGACCGGAAGCCCUCAUCUCGUUCUACGUCAACGGGAGGAUCAUCCAC